GCUCAAUCGAAGCUCCCGCUGUGUGUCUCGUGGAGUUGCACUCUCGAAGAAGAAUAAGAAGAAGAGAAGAAGGUGCCGAAGGGGCGCGCAUCUUUUCAGGGGCUCCGUGGAUGACUACGUCUCCAGCCGGCAAAGCGAUGUCCUCUUCGUACCAGCAGCCGGGUUCCGUGGUGGACCUGAGCGACAUGUUUGGCGAUGAGUUCGUGGUGGAGAGCGUGCUCGACUACAUGGGCAUCGAGGAGCUCUUCGCGGGCGCCGAGGCGAACCGGCUGUGGCAGUCGGCUGCCCUGGCUCUGCUGAGGAAGAAACUGAUCUCCGUCUCCAUCUGCUGUUCACCGGAAUCGGAGCAGCCGAGCCCGGAGCCAGUGCCGGACAGGCCUCACGCAUGCGCGGAGAUCCUGCGCUCGAAGUUCGCUCUCUACCGCAACAUCGCGCGCCUGGCCGGCAUGCGUCCAUCACUUCUGUUCCUGUCCUAUCACGCCGACCUGAACGAGGAGGCGAGCGGUGACUUCAGUGGCCAUCUUCAGCGCAAUGCAGGGGAGCCGGCUGGACCCGUUCGUGCGCAGCCUGAGCGAGAGUUUCGGCCCCACGACCGACACCAUCGUGGUGGCAGUCCCGCGCAACCAGGACGAGGCGCGACUCGAGCUCGAGGCUUUCGAGCGCAGCUUUCCGCGAGUGCCGCACUGGCCAACCAAGCCACCGAAUUCAACUUGUACGAUCAGUGCGCGCCCAUUGGCCGCCUGAAGCUCACACUGCUGCUUAUCAAGCUGCUCGACUGAAGAGGUGCGAGCAACGGCUUUGAGCUUGGCGGCGAGACACACCGCCGGAUGACGGCCAUGUUUACGUCGAGAAAACGCGACCAAGAAGUCUGUGAUUUAUAUUGAGGA